AUGGCCGACGCCGAAAAAGCCAUCAAGCGCAACCCCCAUGGUAACUUCAAGGAAGUGGAACGCAGUCGACCACAAUGGGAUUCUGCCGCUCAUUGGCGAAUGACGCAGACGGUGAAUCCUUCGUGGAAAGCUGGCGACGGAGCGAAUGAUGGAGGAGCUAGUCUUCAGAAGAAACACAUCGCUAUCGACCCCUACGAAGAUGGAAGGCCUGCGACGUUCAAUUACAAAUUGCUCAUCUCGGCCAUCAUUCCUCGACCCAUUGGAUUUGUGAGCACACGCUCCAAGGAUGGCAGUAGUACGAAUCUAGCACCGUUCUCAUACUUCCAGAUGGUGAAUCACGAUCCUCCCAUGUUUAUUGUCGGCUAUGCUGGAGGCUUCGACAAAGCCAAGGACUCGUUGAGAAAUCUGGUGGACUCUGGCGAAUGCACCAUCAACAUUAUCAGCGAGCACUAUCUUGAGGCUGCGAAUGCUGCGAGCGUCAAUGCUCCGUAUGGUGUCUCAGAAUGGGCGCUGACUGGACUUACGCCUGCUGAGAGUCAAGAUGUCAAGGCUAGCCGAGUGAAGGAGGCAGUCUUCAGUGUUGAGGGCAAGCUUUACAAGACCGAAGAGUUUGAGAGUCGGGCCACGAAGGGGAAGAAGACUGGUGUGCUCGCAAUGAUCGAAGGCGUGAGAUUUUGGGCGAGGGAGGAUGCGAUCAAUGAGGACAAGAAUCUGCUUGACCCCAAUGUACUUCGCCCAAUGUCUCGUCUAGGUGGCAUUACGUAUGCUCGUACGCUGGAAGGAAUUGAGAUUCCGAGACCAGAUUGGGAUGAAUUAAGGAAAGACGCCGAGCCUGCCGGUCUGGCGAAACCCAAGGUGGAUGGCCAAUGA